AUAUAGUUAAUUAGUAUGUGAACAUGUUCCAACACUGCUUAAAAAUAGAUAGUAAAGUGGACCGUUAACGUUCGACAAAUGUCAAUGACCUUGACAUUUUAACACCGAGUAUCUUUAGAGGAGUAACGUCCAAUACAUUGAGAUCUCUAGGGCCUUAUGUAGACGCGUCCAAUUGAUCAUGCGCGUGUUCUCGCACGUGCUAUUAGAUCAUUUCAUGGUACAUUUUAUGAUAACAGUCUUGAAACAGGAAAACUCUAUCGGUUUGUCGGGAGUGUUCGAGUUGUUGCUCGUACCUCUUUGAUGAUGACACGAAGAGUUAUUUUUUUACUAGCAUGAAAUCGAUGCUUCAGCGUGACUCGUGAAUUGUUCGAAUUUUUCAAACGGUAUGAUUUACUCUAGCACGAGUGCCCGUAGUGUGUGUAAAAGAAUCAAUCAUGGAUGCUAGUAAGAAGUAUGAUAAUCCUAAUCCACAAUUGUCAGCAAAUUUUUUUAGCAAAUUAAUAUUUUGGUGGUUGAAACCUCUGUUCUGGUAUGGAAGGGACCAUGAUCUUGAACUUAAAGAUAUAUAUAAUGUUAUGCCAAAUGAUGUUAGCCAACUUCUCGGAGAUAAACUUGAGAGGAAUUGGUUCAAAGAGAUUAAAGCAGCUGAAGAAGAUUAUAGAAAGCCCAGGUUUUUUACUGCUUUACGAAAAACAUUUACAUGGUCCUUUGCUUAUUAUGGAGGAUGGCAGUGCUUUGUAGCAAUUGUGUUGAGGGUUCUACAACCAUACGUGUUAGGGUUACUAAUUUGGCAUUUUGAUCCCAGAUCUGUAUCUACUGCCACUGAAGCAUACAUUUAUGCUUCAGCUGUUGUACUUAUGACUUUAUGUAUAGCUUUCAUUACUCAUCAUUCAAAUUUAGGUUUAAUGGAAGUUGGAAUGAGAGUGAGAGUAGCAUGUUCCUCUCUAAUGUAUAGAAAGAUUUUACGUCUAUCAAAAUCAUCCACCAAUGUUACUACUCCAGGACAGAUUAUAAAUCUAUUAUCAAAUGAUGUGGGAAGGUUUGAACAAUUAUUUAUAUCAUUGCAUUUCAUUUGGAUUUUACCAAUUCAAGGAGCUCUGAUUGCCUUUAUGAUUUGGAAAAAUGUUGGAGUUGCUGCAUUUGCUGGUGUUUUCCUUAUAAGCAUUCAAACUAUACCUCUUCAAGGAUAUAUGGGCAAAUGGAUAUCAAAAUUGCGAUUAAAAAUUGCGCUAAGAACCGACGAAAGAGUACGUAUAAUGUCGGAAAUUAUUGCAGGAAUCCAAGUUAUUAAAAUGUAUACUUGGGAAGAACCGUUUGAAAAGCUUGUUAGUCUUGUUAGAAGCCGCGAAGUAGACGUUCUCACACUUACAUCGUACUUACGAGGUUUUACUUUAGCCACUUUUGUGUUCACCGAACGAACAACAUUAUAUUUUACAAUUAUGGCAUACGUACUUCUCGGAAAUACUAUAUCCGCUGAUAAAGUGUUUUCAAUGGCACAGUACUUUAAUAUUCUUCAACUUACUAUGGCUAUAUUAUAUCCCAUGGCUGUAUCAGCUGCUGCAGAGGCUUCUGUAUCUAUUAAGAGGCUGGAGAAAUUCCUCUCAUUGAAAGAAAACAGUAAUGUAAUUAAUUCUCACCAAACCAAUGGAAAUGGCAGUAUUAUAAUGAAAAAUAUUACAGCAUCUUGGACCGACAGUGCAAUUGUAAAUACAUUACAUGACGUUAAUGUUCAAAUAGAAGCUGGAAAGCUUUAUGCUAUUGUUGGUUUAGUUGGUGCAGGAAAGAGUUCCUUCCUUCAAUUAAUUUUAAGAGAGUUACAACAAUCUUAUGGAGAAAUACGGGUAAAUGGUAGUGUAUCUUAUGCUAGUCAAGAAGCAUGGUUAUUCGCUGGUACGGUGCGAAAUAAUAUACUUUUCGGACAACCUUACGAUAAAGAAAAGUAUAACAAUAUCGUUAGAGUGUGUGCUCUGACUAAAGAUUUUCAACAAUUUAAUUAUGGCGAUAAAACUUUGGUCGGAGAUAGAGGGGCAUCGCUUAGCGGCGGGCAACGCGCAAGAAUAAAUUUGGCUAGGGCUGUGUACAGAAAUGCAGAUAUAUAUUUAUUAGACGAUCCAUUAUCCGCGGUUGAUACACACGUAGGUAAACAGUUGUUUAACGAGUGUAUUAAAAGUUAUCUUCGAGAUAAAACAAGAAUCCUAGUAACUCAUCAAAUACAACAUCUAAGAAAUUGCGAUUAUAUCAUUAUGUUAAACAACGGUAAAAUUGAAUUUCAAGGAACGUUUGUUGAACUUCAAGCGAAACGCAUAGAUUUCUUACAUGCACUUUCAGUGGAAGAAAGUAAAGGAGAUUCUGAAGCCGUAGAAGUCAUAGGAAAUAGCACAGCUGAUGUAUCCCUUACUUCCGGUAACGAUAGAGAUGACGAAGAAGCAGAACCAGAAGAAACAGAAGAAUUAAUGGCUAAAGGGAACCUUUCUAAGUCACUUUACUGGAAAUAUUUUAGAGCUGGAGGUUCUGUAACCAUGAUUUUGUUCUUCUUAUUAACUUUAAUUGUGGGACAGAUAGGAAGUAGUGGUUGCGAUUAUUGGGUUGCUUAUUGGACAAAACAAGAGGAGAUGCGCGUAAAAAAUGAACAUGAUAAUCAUACAAUGCAAAUAUUUAAAGAUAAUCUUACAGCUCCACUUGCCUUUACAGACAAUACAACUGAACCAAUGAACGAAACGUUACCAUUUGAUAUGAAUGUUUUUAAUAGUGCAGACUCAGAAUUAUUAAUAGCUUCGGAAAAUAAAAGUUUUAACGAUAGUGUGUGGACUAUUAAUGCGAUUUCCACUGAUACGACUUAUCUCGAUUAUGAAACUGCUUUAUGGAUUUACGGAGGUUUUAUCUUUGCAAGCAUAUUGUUUACUUCCAUAAGAAACCUCGUAUUUUAUAAACUGUGUAUGAAUGCCAGUAAGAAUCUUCAUAAUCUCAUGUUUUCGUGCUUACUUAAAGCACCAAUGUUAUUUUUUGACACACACCCGUCUGGUCGUAUUUUAAAUCGUUUUUCUAAGGAUGUUGGAGCUGUAGAUGAAAUAUUACCGAGAACAAUGAUAGAGUCUAUUCAAAUAUUUGCCGUAAUGGUCGGAAUUUUAGCUCAAGUUUUAAUUAUCAAUUGGUGGACGCUGUUUCCAAUGCUUGUUAUGGGUUUCUUAUAUUGGCAGAUACGAAACGUUUACCUUAAAACUGCACAAUCUAUGAAACGUUAUGAAGGAACUACAAAAAGUCCUGUAUUUUCUCAUGUAAGCUCCUCGUUACUGGGGCUGACGACAAUUCGUUCUGCUGGUGCGCAAGACAUGGUUUCUAAAGAGUUCGAUGUCCAUCAAGAUCUUCAUACUAGUGCCUAUUAUUUAACUCUAGUAACAGGUGUUGCUUUUGGAUUUGCAUUAGAUAUGGUCUCUAUUUGUUUUAUUGCUUUCAUUACGUAUAGCUUCAUCAUAUUUGACAAUGAAAAUACAUUCGCCGGAAACGUGGGUCUAGCCUUAUCACAAGUGUUAAUUCUAUGUGGAAUGCUUCAACAUGGAAUGCGUCAAACCGCUGAAACAAUUGCACAAAUGACUAGCGUAGAACGAAUUUUACAAUUUACACAACUCGAAAAAGAGGGACCAUUUGAAAAUGAACCAAACAAGAAACCGUCCGCACAGUGGCCUUUUGAUGGAGGAAUUAUUUUUGAUCAUGUGUAUUUACGUUAUGAAGAUUCAAUGCCCCCGGUUCUCAAAGACUUAUGUUUUGUUAUAAAACCGAGUGAAAAGAUAGGAAUAGUUGGUCGUACCGGUGCUGGUAAGACCUCUUUAAUAUCAGCUUUGUUUCGUUUAGCGAAACUGGAGGGUUCUAUUUACAUAGAUAAUUUGGAUACAAAAGAAAUAGGUCUUCAUGAAUUGCGAAAGAAAAUCUCUAUUAUCCCGCAAGAACCUAUUUUAUUUUCAGCAACACUUCGAGAUAAUCUCGAUCCAUUUCAUAAUUUCGAUGAUGCUACUAUUUGGGCUGCGCUCGAUGAUGUAGAACUAAAGUCAUCAAUUUCCUCCCUGGAUUAUUUCGUUGACCAAGGAGGAGUUAACUUUAGUGUAGGACAAAGACAAUUGAUUUGUCUAGCACGUGCAAUUUUAAGAAAUAAUAAAAUUCUUCUCCUCGAUGAGGCUACGGCUAACGUAGAUCCAUCGACAGAUGCUUUAAUACAAAGGACUAUACGGCAAAAGUUCAAGAAUUGCACAGUAUUAACUAUAGCACAUAGAUUGAACACGAUAAUGGAUAGCGACACAGUAUUAGUUAUGGAUCAUGGACAAGCAGUUGAAUUUGAUCAUCCAUAUAUUUUACUUAAAAAUGAAUCAGGUCAUUUCACCAGCAUGGUCAAAGAAACUGGAAGAACAAUGUCUGAACAGCUUAAAAAUAUUGCAAAAGAGGCUUACAAUAACGUUUCCAACAAUACAGAACCGCAAUUACCGUCACCAACCAUCAAUGGUAAUACGAUUUUUAAAGAUGAUUAAAGAAGCAUAAAUAUAUGCUUAUAAAGGUUUGUAGAAUAUUAGAAAAUCAUGCAACGUUCGUACUUUUUUAUGUACUUAUUUAAUUAUUUUAAAAGGCAGUGUACACGUAUGUUUGUAAUUACAUACUUUAAAAUAAUCUUUAGAAUGUAGGUAGAAUCAUUGUAAAAUCAGAUACUUAAUUUUAUAAUGUUUUUUGAAAAUCUUAACAUAUGAGCUUAGAUCUCAUGUAACUUUGACACUUACCAACAUUGUUCCUAUUAAAUCAAUAUAGAUUUAUUAUACAACAUGACAUAGUGACAGUAAUAUAAAUAGCAUGAAAUAUUUUUUUUAUGUCAACAUUAGUCCAUUUGCAAAGAAUCAAAUGUUAAAGAUUAUUGUACCUUAUAUAGUAAUAUUUUGAUAUUCUUUGAACAUUGUGUAUCACAAAACAUAUUUUGUAUAUUCUGCUUUAAUGUUCCAA